UUUCUGAGUUAUAUCUGAGAUCUCUCGAGUUGAAGUGCAGCAGCCAUGAGUGGAGCUGGAAAGCUUAGCUGUGUUGUUGUCGCCGUGGAUGGUAGCGAAGAGAGCAUGAACGCCUUGAAAUGGGCACUUGACAACCUGAAACUCAAAUCUCAGGAAGACGACUCUGAACCUGGCACCUUAGUGAUUCUACAUAUUCAAUCUCCUCCCUCCAUCGCCGCUGGCCUUAACCCCGGCGCCAUCCCUUUUGGUGGACCUAGUGAUCUGGAGGUUCCUGCGUUCACCCAGGCCAUUGAGGCGCAUCAGCGACGCAUCACCGAGGCGAUCUUGGCUCAUGCAUUGAAAAUAUGCUCCGAGAGGAACGUUAGUGUGAAGACACAAGUAGUUGUUGGUGAUCCAAAGGAGAAAAUUUGUGAGGUUGCCAGCAACUUGCACUCAGACCUGCUUGUGAUGGGGUCCCGCGCUUUUGGCCCUAUUAAAAGGAUGUUUUUGGGUAGUGUAAGCAACUAUUGUACAAACCAUGCACAGUGCCCUGUCAUUGUAGUUAAGGGUGCUUCUGCUGCAUCUUGACAAGCUUCUAAGAAUCUCUUCUUUGAAUUGUGCGGCAACGACUGCAUUAAUCAAUAUCAGAGCCUUGUCAUCAUGUUAAAGAAUGUGUUUUGACCAGCCAGUGCUGUCACUCCCAUCUUACUAUGUCACAUGACUGGUUCUUGAGGAUUUUUAAGGUAAUAGAUACUUUUCCUAGUUUGUGCCUAUGUUGUGUUGUAUUGGUGAAGUUUGUUCAAAUCUUGUGAAGAUUGUUGUAAACUUUCUUUGGCUCUGGGUCUGGCUGUCCAGACAUGUAAUUUGGCAAAAAGGUUGAGUUUUUCUGAUCAUUGGUACUGCUCGAGCCCCUUGGCUUGCCUUUGUUAUCUUGUGCAACAACUCCUUUAUUUGUUAUUGGUUAUGGAUUCGCCAAUGGUUUAUGAAUAAUGUUGAA